CUUUGAUUCAGCUGAAACCCAGGCCAGCAGCCACCUCCUUCCCCAGGCAGAGCAGAUUCUACAACUUAGUCAAUGCUGGUCAAUGCUUUGCAGUUCCUGAGUUUUACGUGAGACAUACAACGUGAAGUGUUGGAGCUGCUGGGACUUGCUCCAAAGCUGUAUCUGAUGGUUUAAAAGACAGCACAAUCUCAAGACUUCAGGAAUGACUUCAUAUCCAACUAUUUAUGAGAAUUAUUUGCCUGAGCACAUUCAGCCACCUGCAAACAGUAACGCACAAGGCCAAUAUCCACCAACACCUUAUCCCGGCGCAGGACACCAGAUUCCACCUUAUCCCGGCACUGGACCUUAUUCAACACAGCCACACCCCAAUGCAGGAUCGAGAACACACCAGCCGUAUUACAUUCCUUCUGCAGGCCCCAAGCAUCCUCCCACUCAAGUCACCCAGAGUAAUGUCCCACACAGAAAGCCUGCAAGUAUCUGUAAUCCACAGAGGAAGACUUACUGUUGUAUCAUCUCCCUCUUCUUGGUUUUAGCUGUGCUGGGAUUUGGAGCUUGGAUCAUUCUUAAGUUUGUGAAGGACAUUCCAACAACCAGCUUCAACCGUUCUUGUCCAUCCAGAGUGACCAGGUGUGAUGGAGUCAGUGAGUGUACAGACAGCAGCGAUGAAGCUGGCUGUGUUAGAUUCCAAGGGUCCAGCUCACAACUCGAGGUCUACGGGUGGAAGUCCAAGCGGUGGUUACCUAUUUGUUACACAGCCUGGACCACAUCUUUGGCACACAAGACAUGUCAACAGCUGGGAUUCAGGAGUUCUUUCCAGUCUGGGAGAACAACCAAUGAUCAGUCUUCAAGCCUUGUGGUCAACUCAACAAAAUCGGGAACAAAAAUACAAAGUCUCUUGAGCAGCAGUGCCCUAUGUUCCACCACAGAUACUGUUUCUCUCAAAUGCAUUGACUGUGGCAGGAAGAUCAAGACCUCAACAAGAAUAGUGGGUGGCGUUCCAGCCCAGUUGGGCGAGUGGCCGUGGCAGGUUAGUCUCCAUUACAAGUCGCGGCACGUCUGUGGUGGAACCAUCAUCUCACCGGACUGGAUCAUCACCGCAAGCCAUUGCUUCUUUGAAGAUGAUAGCUAUCAGCCGAAGUACUGGAGAAUAUACAGUGGUUUUAUUUCCCAACGGGAGCUACUUAGAGCUGCGCAGAGUUCCGUGUCGAAGAUUGUUGUUCACAGUAGAUACAGCUCAGACACCAAUGACAACGAUAUUGCUUUAAUGAAGCUCUCAAAUCGACUGAGGUUUACAGAUAAUAUUAGACCUGCCUGUUUGCCAACCUACGAUCAACAAUUUCCUGAAGGGAUGCGCUGUUGGAUUACGGGAUUUGGUCACACAGAGGAAGGGGCACUUUUGACCUCCAACAUCCUCCUAGAAGCUUCAGUCAACAUAAUUGGCACUAGCACCUGCAACCAGAGAGACUUUUACAAUGGAGCAAUAACAGACCGCAUGGUCUGUGCUGGCAAGAUCUCUGGGGGUGUUGAUUCUUGUCAGGGUGAUAGUGGUGGGCCUCUUGUCUGUGAAGUGUCUGGUGCCUGGUAUCUGGCAGGAGUUACAAGUUGGGGGAUUGGCUGCGCUCGGAUCAACAAGCCAGGAGUUUAUGCCCGGGUGACACAACUCACCGAAUGGAUCUUCACACAGAUGGAGAUCAACAGCAACUAAUGAAAAGAAUGGGCUUUCACCACACAUUGGGUGUGAUCGAGGUUGUUGCUUCUGACUUAUGCUGCUUUUCCAAAAGACUGUUUCUAGGGAGAUUGGAUUUCUCCCAGAGCUCAAUAACGUACUGUGUAUGUUCCGUCAAAAAGAGAGACGGUAGCGAUAUAAAAUGUACAUUUGCUUAGUCAAUAUAGAGAAAAUGAUUCAUUAUUCAACAGGUAUACAGUUAACUUGGUCUAAGAUAACCAAACCUUGCCUGACUAUGACCAUUACCUAACGUUAUGUGAGUUUAAGAAUUUCCCAAGAUCCUCAUGGUCUCUGAGGAUUAAAUGCUCAAAGAUUCUGCACAUGCACCAGCUCCAUGUUAAUUUAAGAUUACAAUUUAAGAAUUUCUGCUUUGGGCUCAAUCAAUUUGCACACACAAUUGCACCUGGUUUGCAAAAUAUACAUUCUCAGGUUUCUGCUCAGAUGUUGCCAAAUAAAAAGAUCCUGCUGUGAGCAACCACAAUCUGAGACUAAUUUUAAAAAAAUGUUGGUAUUAAAUAUUCCUUGAUGUAUCUAAUAGUUGAAACGUGGUGCAAUUUGAUUCGUGGAAAUGCAUUGUUCACAAAUCAAAGCCUUUUUAAUCAGGGUUUAACCACCAGCUGUGAGUAACCUGAUUUUUAAAUGAGUAAAUAUGACAUUUUAAUUUUUAAGAAAAGAACUAUUUGCUAGAUACUUUGGAGUUCAGUAGUCAGUUUCUUAGAUUUAAAAAACAAAAUUUAUAAAGUUUUUUAAAAUGUGCAAUUAGUAUUCUGCACUUAAAAGAAUGAGUUUAAUUGUUGUGGCCACCUUGAAAUCUCACAAUCAUGCACAAUUGACAGAAACUUGCCAUGGUGAUGACUUCGAUCUGGGACGUGGCCAGCUACAUGUGGGUGUUGUUUGAGCUGGUGCACAAAUAAAAUCACAACAGUUCGAUUUGCACUCAAAAGUCUGCGACAUUUUGGGCAUGUUAUGUUGAUUUCAGAUGAAAUGCGCUUAAUGAAGAUAAAAGAAACUUAUAAAAAAGCAAAAGCAUAAAGCAAAACCAUAAGAACAUUCAGCCAGCACCAGGCUUUUUGCAUGUCAUGGCAACUGUUACCAUUCCAAUGAUGUUGGAGUGAUACAAUUAAGCAUUGCAAGUUAAACAAUUACAAUGAUGAGGACAGAAUUAUAGGAACAAGAGGAAGCCAUUCAGCCCUUCAAGAGAAUUCUGCCAUUCAGUGAAAUUCUAUAUUGUAACACUUUUUACUCACCAUGGUCCUAUAUCUCUUUAGAAUUGUGGCCCACAAAAAAUUCUCAAUCUCAUGUUCAAAACUUAUUAAUUGAGGCAGCACCUACACUCCUACUGUCCCUCUCAUGAAGGAGUGAUCUGAUUUGCUCUGAUUUCAUUGACAGCCCAUUCCCCUCAUGUCAACUCAGGUUUUCAAGUUGGUGCACUUGGGAGCUAAUGUUCUGAGAUAUAUCAAACCUACAACAGAUUCCACAUUAUUUUUGUUAGGCUCUUUUGAGAUAUUUCCCCGCGAUUUCUAAUUGCUAUAAAAUAUAUGGUAAAAGAAAAUGUUUUCUUUGAGGAAACAGAAGAAUCUGACAAUUUAAGAAAUGGAAGUUGAGUCAUUGGCUUCCAAAUACAGUCUACAAAGUAUUGAUCUGCUUCCACCAAGUGCCAAUGGCUCCUGGAAAUCAACAACAGCGAUAUGUUUGAAGUUAACCUGAUCAAACAUGAACAAGAACAUAAAUCUGUUUAAUUUUAUAAUUAUUAAGAUGGUGCAUUGAUUUGCGUUUUUCUCUGAAAAUAAAGUGAUACGUUUUCAUUCCUAUUU